AUGGCAAUCCAAACCCAGGCUCCUCUCGAGCCCCCUAUCGAUACUGAAGGAAAGGGACAGAUCAUGGAUGGACCGAGCUAUGAAGAGCGAGAGCGUGCUGCUGUGAUCAUUCAGAAACAUUAUCGGGGUCAUCUUGCCAGACGGCGGUAUGGCGAACUCAAGCUAGAAAACGAAGCGAAAUGGAAUGAUCUCGUCAAGCAAAGCCAGGACUUGAAAUACGCUCAGGAGCAGUUGGAAAACAAGAACGACGUCAAUUCAAGAUGGCGGCGCGCAGCCCAAGCAGCCUCACGCCUGCAGACAGGCGACGGCCUCUAUUCCACUCCCGUGCACCUCACAUCCAACACCACAUCAGUCCCGGGUCACGCUGGCGAUCCAAGCAGGCUGGCCAUGUUCGAAGAAUGUGUCCCGGAAAAUCUGGAUGAAAAGGAGAGGCGAGCAAGAAGAGCGACGUUCUGGGGAAGUUUCAGCGUUAUGGGUUUGGGGGAGGAAAGAGACGAUAAGAAGGAACUGCCCUUCCAAAGCAAGACUUUGGAGCAACAGCAUUGGCUGGAGAUGAUCGACGGCAAGCAUCGAUAUGGCAAUAACAUGAAAUUCUACUUUCGCAAGUGGAAAGAAGCCGAGACUUCAGACAACUUCUUCAGGUGGCUAGAUAAAGGCGAAGGGAAAGAUCUUAAUCUGGAGGAGUUGCCGAGGGAGAGGUUAGAAACGGAGCGUAUAACAUAUCUCACAGCAGAAAAACGCCUCAACUACCUCGUCAAAGUCGACAAGGAUGGUCUAUUACGAUGGGCUCGCAACGGCGAGCUGGUCGACACUGCAGCCGGGCAAUGGCAGGACGCAGGUGAUGGCGGCGGUAUCAUUCCCGCUAAGGACGGUGAUGAGGAGGCCGGAGACGAUGUCCCCGUAUCUGGGGACCCGUAUGCUGCUCCAAAGAAACGCCUCCCAAAACCCAAGGUCUCACUCGCAACCUCCCACUCCCAUUCAAAAGCUUCCACUUCGUCAUUCUCGUCAGAUUCCUGGUCUGCCCAGUCAUCCGAUCUAGAUGAGAAUGAGGACACUCACUAUAUCGGGCUGGACAAGGCCAACAGUGGGUCUUGGCUGUCGAGACAUAGGAAGAAGAUUACACCUGGCGGUGUGAGAACGGAGCUGCUGAGGAAGACUGUGAGAAGGAAUACGUGGAUCUAUGUCAGCGAUAUGAAGAUGAACAUGUUUAUCGGGAUGAAGAAGAGCGGGACGUUUCAACAUUCUUCUUUCCUCGCUGGAGGCAAGGUUUCGUCUGCUGGUAUCAUUGUGGUAAAGCAUGGACUGAUCAAGAGUCUAAAUCCCUUGAGUGGGCAUUACAGAAGCUCUAUAGAUAACUUCCGGAGCUUCAUUGCGCAGCUUGAGGGGUUGGGUAUCGACUUGUCUCAUGUCAAGGUUGCAAAGAGCGUGUUGUCGCUUUGGGGCUUGUCGAAAUACUCCAAGGCUACCAAGGCCCAGAAAGACGUUUUCACCCACAUGGCUCGCGCUCUUCAUCUCUCUCACAACCCUACAGAGGAAGAAAAGUCUCAAGCUGUCAAAGAUAAUGCCGAGAAGGAAGAUAGGGAGCAUAUGGAGAGGAUGCAAAGGCUGAAGGAGGCGGAAACCCAAGAGGAUGAAAAGAGAAAGCAGAAAGAGGAAGCUGGUGUUGAAGAAGAUGAGGAGACGGAAGAGCAGAGGGAGGAGAGUAUGAGGAGGAUUCGCCGGGAGGUGCUAUAUGGAAGGCAACAGCAGAAUGUCAAGAUUCAACAGGAAAAGAAAAAGGAUACGAAGCAGGAGCUGCGACCGGUAUGA